AUGAGCCCUCACGCUAUCCCUAACGGUGUCAAGUCGCCUGCCUCGGCUUCUGAGGCCUCGCUGUCUUCCACCCACGUCGUCAAGGCUAACCCUUUUGGUGCCUCGGUUGAUCCUCACUUGGUGAAGAACACUGCUUAUACUUCUCCAGCUACCAUCAUCAGCCAGUCUGUGUACGCUUUGGCUAGCUCGAUUUUCUCGUACGAGACUGUGGGCGCCCCAAACUUGGUGGACGCUCAUUUGCAGCUCUGGGCUCUGCACUUUAAGAGACAGAAUGCUGUGGGAGUGGUGCCUCCAUUCCAUAGAUUUGAACCUAGAGCUGGUUCUGCUAAUGCUAUUUUGGGUUACGCUGCUAGUAACAUUUCUUCUACUGGCCCACAUACUGCUGUGUUGGGCGCCAACGCUUUGCCAUACAUGCAGCCUACUUUGGCGGUGGCUGCAAAAUUGCCUUUGAGCUUGAACGUCUCGGCUAUUGACUUUGAUACUGCUACGAGCUCUUUGGUUUCCAACUACCUGACUCCUUUGGCCGUUGCUCGUAACUUGGGCUUCCCUGUGGUGGGCCCUGUGGACUCCCAUAGCGCUUUGGAGUUGCAAUACACCACUGUUCUCUCUCACUUUUUGGCUGCUUUGAUCAAGGGCCCAUCUUUGCACGUUUUCGAUGGCCCUGAAUUCGCUCGUUUGUUUGCCAAGUACGAGGACAUCUUGUCUGUCGCUGAUGUUGGUCGUUUGUACCAGCAGUUGGUGUCUUCUGUUGCUCACGGUGACCUUUCUUUGGAAAAGGCUGUGGACACUGCUUUUGAGACUUUCAACAAGGUCGCUGGCACCAACUUGAAGCCUUUUGAGUAUGUUGGACAUGCCAACCCAGAAACCGUUUUCGUUGCUUUUGGUGCCCACGAAGCUACUGAGCUUGCUGGCGUUAUUUCCAAGGCUUCUACUACUUCUCCUGUUGGUUUGGUUAAGGUUAGAGUGCCUUUCCCAUUUAACCAGGAACAGUUUGUUGCUUCUGUUCCUUCUUCUGCUCGUAAGGUUAUUGUUGUUUCUGCUGAAACUGGCUCUACUUUGAAGGCUGACGUUGCUGCUGCUUUGUUUAUCGGUGGUCGUUUCGGUUCGGUUACCGUUGACGAGUUUGUCCAUCCAGCCAACUUUGUCUGGGCUCCAAUUCCAACCUUGAAGGUUAUUUCUGAGUACGAAGCUUCUGUUGAUCCAGCUGUCGUUUUGGCUACCACUGUUUCUGCUCCACCAGCUCAGAUCACUGCCAACACUUCUCCAGAAGGCUCUUACUUGUUCUGGGCUCGUGACAACAGUGACACGGUUGAGACUGCCAGCAAGUUGGCUCUUUCUUUGUCAUUGGAUGACUCCAAGAACGUUGCUUUCAGAAACAAGUUCGAUACUACUGUCGCUGGAGGUAUUGCUCAGUCUCAAAUUGUCAGUGCUGCUAAGAACAGCUCUGCUUCUACUUCUGUGGACGCUGCUGAUGUCGUUUUGAUCGAGGACGUUUCUAUCCUUAACCACUACGACGUUUUGGCUACUGCUAAGCCUGGUGCUAAGAUUAUCUUGGCUAACCACAAGAAGAUCAACAACAACAUCGAACAGGACUUCGUUGAGAAGUUGCCUCUUGACUUCAAGCGUACUUUGGCCAAGUCCAGAUCUUCUUUGACCGUCAUUGACUUCUCUCUUAUUGAGGAGUUGGACGCUGUCAGCGACUCUACCAAGGGUUUCUCUGCUGACUUCUUGACCCAGGUUGCUUUCUGGAGAGCUUCCUUGCCUGAAUUGGACGGUUUCAUUGUCAACAAGUUGUUGCAGGCUAACGGUAACGAUUUCGAAUUGUUGGCUGCCGUUUUGGACAAGUUCGUUGCUACUGUUGACGAGAAGAACGCCUUGAAGCCUGUUGAGAUCCCAGAAGAAUGGGUUGACUUGGAGGACGUUGUUCCAGAAGCUCAGAUCGAGACCGAAGAGGUUGACGAGAAGGCUGAAAAGGAAGACCACAUUGGCGACACCAAGUCUGAGAAGGAAGCUGAGGAGAAGAAGGAGGCCGAAGAGGAGGCUGUUCCAUUGCCUUUCUUCCCUACCGAGUCCUCCUUCUUCCCUAACCCAAGAACCGAGGUUACUGGUGCUGAAGACAACUUCCACAAGGGUAAGCUGGACGCUGCCAUCAAGCUUGCUUUCCCAGAGGCCUACAGCCUCAAGAAGGACUUGAGACCAGACUUGCCAGUCCAGAACUUCGUGGUUAAGGUCCAGGAGAACAAGAGAUUGACUCCAUCUGAGUACUCCAGAAACAUUUUCCACAUCGAGUUCGAUGUUACUGGUACUGGCUUGAAGUACGAGAUUGGUGAAGCUUUGGGUAUCCACGGUCGUAACAACAGCGAGCACGUUGAGUCUUUCUUGGAGUUCUACGGUGUUGACGGUGACUCUUUGGUUGAAGUCACCAACAGAGACGAUAUCUCCUUGUUGGAAGUCAGAUCUGCCAGACAGGCUUUGACUGACAAUGUUGAUUUCUUGGGUAAGCCACCAAAGCGUUUCUACGAGUCUUUGGCUCCUUAUGCUACUGACGAGAAGGAGAAGGCUGCUUUGGAGAAGUUGGCCAGUGGUGCUGGUGCUGAGGAGUUGAAGAAGAGACAGGAAGUUGACUUCUCCAGCUAUGUGGAUAUCUUGGAGGAGUUCAAGUCUGCCAGACCAGCGUUUGACGAGUUGGUCAAGAUCAUUGCUCCAUUGAAGAGAAGAGAGUACUCCAUUGCCUCUUCCCAGAAGAUGCACCCUAACGCUGUUCACUUGUUGAUUGUUGUUGUUGACUGGGUCGACAGCAAGGGCAGAACCCGUUACGGUCACUGUUCCAAGUACUUGUCUGACUUGAGAAUCGGCGACGAGUUGGUUGUCAGUGUCAAGCCAAGUGUUAUGAAGUUGCCUAAGUUGCCAGAGCAGCCUAUCGUUAUGUCUGGUUUGGGUACUGGUUUAGCUCCAUUCAAGGCUUUCAUCGAAGAGAAGAUCUGGCAACAGCAACAGGGUCACAAGAUCGGUGAAAUCUACUUGUACAUGGGUUCCAGACACAAGAAGGAGGAGUACCUUUACGGUGAACUCUGGGAAGCUUAUAAAGAUGCUGGUGUGUUGACCCACAUUGGUGCAGCCUUCUCUCGUGACCAGCCACAGAAGAUUUACAUUCAAGACAAGAUCAGAAGCUCCAUUGAGGACUUGACCGAUGCCAUUGUCAAGAAGGAAGGUUCCUUCUACUUGUGUGGUCCAACCUGGCCUGUUCCAGACAUCACUGCUUGUUUGGAGGACAUUGUCAAGAACGGUGCCAAGAGAGCAGGCGAAGAGAUCAAGGAUGUUGCUAAGGUUGUUGAGGACAUGAAGGAAGAUGGACGUUACAUUUUGGAGGUCUAUUAG